AUGGGGAUUAAUAGAGGUCCUUUCCUCCUAUUUCUGAUUGUCAUGGUUGGCUCAGUGGCUUUGGGUGAAGGUGCAACUCAGAAUUAUGACUCAAAAUAUUCUUUUAAUGGAAGCAGUUUUCCAGAGGGUUUCAUAUUUGGCACAGCAUCAUCUUCUUAUCAGUAUGAAGGUGCAACAAAUGAAGGUGGUAGAGGAGCUAGUAUAUGGGACUCUUUCACUCAGCGCUACCCAGAUAAGAUAAAGGAUGGUAAAAAUGGAUUACUUGCUGAUGAUUCCUAUCAUCUUUACAAGGAAGACGUGAGUAUAAUGAAGGACAUUGGAUUUGAUGCUUACAGAUUUUCAAUUUCAUGGUCCAGAUUAUUACCGAGUGGAAACUUAAGUGGGGGAGUGAAUCAUGAAGGCAUUACAUAUUACAACAAUCUCAUCAAUGAGCUUCAAUCCAAUGGAUUGAAGCCAUUUGUGACUCUAUUCCACUGGGACCUUCCACAGGCACUUGAAGACACCUAUGGCGGUUUUUUAAAUCACCAAAUUGUAAACGACUUUAGGGACUAUGCUGAGCUUUGCUAUAAAGAGUUUGGUGAUAGGGUGAAGCAUUGGAUCACCUUAAAUGAGCCACAAACCUUCACUACUAUGGGGUAUGGAAAUGGUGCAUUUGCACCUGGUAGAUGUUCAAAAUGGUUGUCCUCAAAGUGUAAUGAGGGUGAUUCAGCUACUGAACCUUACCUGGUUGCUCACCACCAAAUUCUUGCUCAUACAGCUGCAGUCAAAGUCUAUAAGGACAAGUACCAGAUGUCUCAGAAGGGUCAAAUUGGUAUUACACUAAAUUCACCGUGGAUAUUGCCAUAUUCCGAGUCAACUGAAGAUAAAGAUGCAGCAUCUCGAGCCCUUGCUUUUAUGUAUGAUUGGUUUAUGGAACCACUAAAUUCUGGUCUCUACCCAGCUGAAAUGGUUGCCCACGUCCAUGAACGACUGCCACACUUUUCUAAAGAGCAAUCUUCUAUGGUUAAAGGGUCUUUUGAUUUCAUUGGCAUAAACUAUUAUAGUGCAAAUUAUGCUACUGAUGGUCCUUGUGAAUACCAGCAGCCAAGCUACUUCACGGACUCUUGCAUUAACAUCACAGAUGAGCGAAAUGGGAUUCCCAUUGGUCAAAAGGCUGCUUCCCAGUGGCUUUCUAUUUACCCGCAAGGAAUUCAAGAUCUUUUACUUUACACAAAGAACAAAUUCAACAACCCAGUCAUCUAUAUAACUGAGAAUGGAGUCGAUGAGAUUAAUAAUGGUACUAUAUCACUUGAGGACAACAUGAGAAUUGACUACCAUAGUAGUCAUCUUUCUUUUGUACAGAGUGCUAUAAUGAACGGGGUGAAAGUGAAAGGAUACUUUGCUUGGUCACUGUUGGACAACUUUGAAUGGGCUGACGGUUACACUGUUCGCUUUGGGUUAGUCUAUGUAGAUUAUGAGGAUGGGUUGAAAAGAUAUCCUAAAAACUCAACCAAGUGGUUCAAGAAGUUUCUCAAUUCAGAAAAGCUUAUAUAUUAACCAAAUGUCAUGUAUUUAGCCAGUGGCGGCUCCAAGAAUAUUUUGCAGGACGGUCAUUAAAAAACAUAAAUUAUACAAAAUUUAAU